UCUGUCCAGUUCUGGAGCAGAAGGUGAGAAGAAUAACAGCAGAAAGACGUAUGAACAAACUCGCAACACACACUCUGGGAGGAUUUACACUAUUCGCAGCACCAGUAAAGUCCAUGAGAAACAUUACAGGUAUGACUCAUAAAUGGGUUUUUGUUAUCCUAUUCUUCUCAGUAUGUGGUAUUGGGGCAUACAUUCCACAUCGCUAUCACUUUGUGAAUGAGAAUAAAAACUGGAGUGAAGCUCAGACUUACUGCAGAGAGAAAUACACUGAUCUCGCCACCAUCAACAACAUGGAAGAGAUGAAGAAGCUGAAUCACACACUGAAGAAGGAAACUGCAGAGCAAGCUUGGAUCGGUCUACAGAGAGAGGGCACUGGGAAAUGGCAGUGGUCUCUGACAGACCAAACUUUCUACAGAGACGGAAACACUUACAGAAACUGGAGUAGUACAGAACCAAACAAUUGCAAGAAAAAUGAGUUCUGUGUUAUGAUGUCAAAGAGCAAUGGUUUCUGGUUUGAUGUCAAGUGUAAUAAAACAUUACCUUUUGUGUGUUAUGAAGAAAAGAACACAAACACUAAUAGACACAUAUUAAUUAAUGAGACAAAGACCUGGUAUGAUGCUCAGACCUACUGCAGAGAGAAAUACACUGAUCUGGUCAGUGUGAGGAACAAAACUGAGAAUGAGGAGAUCUGGAGAGUGAUUCAAAAUUCACCUAAUAAAACUGUUUGGAUUGGUCUGUUUAAUAACUCCUGGAAGUGGUCAGAUCAGAUAGUAUGUGGUGUAGGAGCAUAUAUUCCUCAUCGCUAUCACUUUGUGAAUGAGAAUAAAAACUGGAGUGAAGCUCAGACUUACUGCAGAGAGAAAUACACUGAUCUCGCCACCAUCAACAACAUGGAAGAGAUGAAGAAGCUGAAUCACACACUGAAGAAGGAAACUGUAAAGCAAGCUUGGAUCGGUCUACAGAGAGAGGGCACUGGGGAAUGGCAGUGGUCUCUGGCAGACCAAACUUUCUACAGAGACGGAGACACUUACAGAAACUGGGAUAGUGGAGAACCAGAAAAUGACACAAACACUAAUAGACACAUAUUAAUUAAAGAGACAAAGACCUGGUAUGAUGCUCAGACCUACUGCAGAGAGAAACACAUUGAUCUGGUCAGUGUGAGGAACAAAACUGAGAAUGAGGAGAUCUGGAGAGUGAUUCAAAAUGAAACUGUUUGGAUUGGUCUGUUUAAUAACUCCUGGAAGUGGUCAGAUCAGAGUAAUUCCUCAUUCAGAUACUGGAGCUCUGACAAACCCAGUGGAUGUUUGAACUGUACUGCAGUGUCUGUGUCUGAGCAACACUACUGGAGUGAUGUGAACUGCAAGGAAAAGCUCCCAUUCAUCUGCCAUGAGAAUAAGCUAAUCCUGAUUAAGGAGAAUCUGACCUGGAAAGAAGCUCUGAGAUACUGCAGGAACCAUCAUUAUGACCUGGUGUCAGUGCGCACUGAGGAGAUGCAGCUCUGGGUGAAGGAAGUGGCUCGAAACGCCUCCACUGAACACGUGUGGCUCGGCCUGCGUCACACCUGCGCUCUGGGCUUCUGGUACUGGGUGACUGGAGAGAUGAUCUGCUACCAGGACUGGGCUCCGGGGAAUGGGACAGGGUUCGAAGACUGCAGCAAUGAGGAGAGAACCGGAGCAGUGCAGUCUGGAGGAGAGCAGCAGUGGAUCAGCCUGCCUCAGAGCUACACACUCAACUUCAUCUGCUCUACCUAUGAAGGUUAGUCAGUGUGGUGUUUUGUUUGUAAUGUCAUAAAUAUUUUAAUACAUUUUAACUGCAAACAUGAAAACCAUCUCUGGCUCAUCGUCUUUAUCUAACAUCAGCAAAUCCUACUCUCAUUUUUUUUCUUCAUAUAGAUUUUAAGAUAAUCUAUUCUGUUUUAUCCAGAUGUUUGAUGCUAUAUGUAAUCUGUGUGGCACAUAUACUCAGUUCAUAUUUUCCAAGCAUAAUGUUACUCAUGCAGCUCAUACUCACUAUGAUUAUGUUUUUCUGUAUUAAUAGAGGGGUCUAUGGGAUAAUCACGGUGAAAGGCAUGUACUUGCAUUAUACUACAAUGUGUUUAUUAUCCACAUUUUAUUGUACACAUUUUAGUUUUAUUAUGUUUUAACAUUUCAGGUUAAAAAAAACUUCUCUACACCAUUUUAAACUAAUAUUCAUGAGAGCAGGAAGUGACUUCGCUGUUCCUAGAACAUAUCCAGUUGACGGUGAACAUUGUUCAAUAGAAAGUGCAAAGAAUUAUGCACUGUGUGCCUCUUUUAUGUCACUGAGAUGCCAUUCCACGUUAUAAAAGCUAUUUUUUCCCACCUUUCCACUAAGAAAGUUAAGCAUCCAUGAUACUAUGAUACUAAAACUAUGAUAUACCUUCACCGUCUCUCUGGCAUAAACACACAUGAUAUACAUCGGGUAGUCAC